GCUUGCGCGUAGGUGCGGGUCGGAGGAGAAGUCUUCGUUCGUCAGACCUAGGGUAAACAAGCAAAAGAAAGAUGAAUUUCAUCUAUGGAUUACAGUCAGCCUCUAGAAACUGUAUUUCCAGAUUUAAUGCACUCACCAAGUGGAAAAAGUGUAAAGUGCUACCUGUAACCUCACAGUACUGUCAACAAGUACAAAUUAACUAUAUAUUAAAGAACCAGACUCCGGGAGUAAAUAGUCUGUGUGAUAGGUUGACUUUUCAUGGGAAUUUUCAUUGCUAUAGCACUUUCAAUAAACAAGCAACAGGAUGCCUCUUGAGUACCAAAAGCAAGGAAAUUUGGAUGACAUCCAGAAAAUGUACUAUAUGGAAUGACUCUCUUUCAAGACAGCUCCUGAUGAAAGAAGUAUCAGGAGUUCCUACUCUUUCAGUGUCGGAUCCUCUAAACUGUUUUCCCUUAAGAGACAUCAGGAGUUUCCACACAUCUCCACGGUUUCAAGCUGCUCCAGUCCCUCUCCUGUUGAUAAUUCUUAAGCCAAUGCAGAAAUUACUUGCCAUCAUUGUAGGCAGGGGCAUAAGGAAAUGGUGGCAGGCACUUCCUGCUAACAAGAAGGAACUAUUUAAAGAAAGUGUAAGGAAGAAUAAAUGGAAGUUACUCCUCGGCUUGACUAGUUUUGGAUUGCUCUUCAUGGUGUUUUAUUUUACUCACCUGGAAGUGAGUCCCAUCACAGGAAGGAGCAAGCUACUAGUAUUGGGGAAAGAACAUUUCAGACUUUUAUCAGAAUUGGAAUAUGAAGUAUGGAUGGAAGAAUUUAAAAAUGAUAUGCUUUCUGAGAAAGAUUCCAGAUACCUAACUUUUAAGGAAGUGUUUUAUCAUCUAAUUGAAUGUAAUAAAGAUAUUCCAGGGAUCUCUGACAUCAAUUGGAUUAUUCAUGUUGUUGAUUCUCCAGAUAUAAAUGCCUUUGUGCUUCCAAAUGGACAAGUGUUUCUCUUUACUGGACUUUUAAAUAGUGUAACCGAUAUUCAUCAACUUUCCUUUCUUCUGGGCCAUGAAAUAGCACAUGCAGUACUUGGACAUGCGGCAGAAAAGGCUAGCUUGGUUCAUCUACUGGAUUUCUUGGGUCUGAUUUUCCUCACAAUGAUUUGGGCCAUUUGUCCUCGGGAUAGUUUGGCACUUUUGGGUCAGUGGCUACAGUCUAAAUUGCAGGAGUAUAUGUUUGACAGACCAUAUAGUAGAACACUGGAGGCUGAAGCUGACAAAAUUGGGCUACAGUUUGCUGCAAAGGCAUGUGUGGAUGUCAGAGCCAGUUCAGUGUUUUGGCAGCAGAUGGAAUUUGCAGAGAAGCGCAGUGGUCAUCCCAAGUUACCAGAAUGGUUAUCCACACACCCUUCUCAUGGAAACAGAGCUGAGCACUUAGAUAGACUCAUACCUCAGGCUCUCAAAAUUAGAGAGAUCUGUAAUUGCCCACCACUUUCUGGACCAGAUCCUCGAUUACUAUUCAAACUCAGCAUGAAGAAUUUUCUUGAAGAAUCAGAAAAAGAAGACCUAAAUAUCACUGUUAAGAAACAGAAAAUGGAUACUCUUCCUGUUCAAAACCAGAAGCAAAUACCGUUAACUUAUAUAGUUGAGAAAAGAACUGGGAGUUGAAUUAAAAUUUAUGAGAUACAGGAUGUAGGGAGAAUGCAGCAGUCCUUAUCAUUUUUAUAUUAUUUUUUUAAAUGAUAUGUGAAUGAACAAAAAAUGGAUAUUCAGGAUCAAAUCAUGUAUAUUACAAGCAUUAUCUAAAUUCUACUAGGUAUAUUUCAUGAAAUAUUGAUGCAUUUUAAUAUAUCUUCAAUGAGGAAAAUGUCACAGAAUAAAUUUAUAUUAUACAUUUUGCUCUGUCUCCUACUUGCUUUUGAUUUGGAAGACCUCUGGUGGCUGAGAAAUCAGAAUGUGAGGUAAUUGUUAUUGUAGCGAGGGCUCAGCUGAGCCUAAGGUGGAUUUCAGAGCCUAUGUAGUUGUGAUCAACUGGGAAACUUAACAAUCCGAAGUAUCUGUUUGCACAAACUAGUCUGUUGAGGUGCGAUUUUGUGGAAUAGGGGAUCCAGGGAUGUCCUGGUCCUUAACAAUGAUGAUGAAGUUAAAUGGCUGUUCACAGAAGCUGAAGAAACUAUUUUCAAAGGGAGACACAGGUAGUGUGCUGUUUGUGAUCCACCUGACAAAGUGAGAAACACAUUGGAAGACAGGAUCUUUCUUCACAGAUACAGUACGCUCUGCACUCAGGUCUUAACAGGAAGGCAAGUCGUUUUGGUGCCUUGACAAUAUUAAGUGUCUCUGAUGUCACAGGGAAGGCAACCACCUUGUUCUCAUGCUAGUACCACCAAGAGGAACGGGGACAAGGUGCUGCCCUCCAGUUGUUCUCCCUCAGCAGAUGUCAACAAAGAACCAGAAGAGAUGAGAGCAGUACAAGACAUGUCUGUACUGAUUUCCAGAAAUUACUGUAUUAUGUCAAUGUGCAAAUGAGUUUUAAAAUGUGUAAUCAUUGAUAAUUUUUAUUCCCAAAUUGGUGAAAUUCUAGUCAUGUCAAGGUUACAUUUCUAUGGACAUUUUUUUGAAACAUGUAUUAACUAAGUAGUUUUAUAGAGAAUUAAGAAAGAAACCACCUUUUACUGAGUAUCUGUCAUGUAUGGGGCUCAUGUGUUCCAGAGUCCUAAGAAAUAGCUUUUAUUAUUCUCAUACAAUGAGAAACAGAUUUGGACAUAUAUAUAAAUAAAAUACCAAAUUUAUCUCAUCUAAGAAAUACAAAGCUAAAUUGCUCAUGCUACAAAUCUGUCCAUUCCUACAUUCUCCUGCAUUUAAAACUAAACUUUCGAGAGACAAAGAACAAAUUCUUUUCUCAGUUGUUUGUUAUCUUUCUUGUGUGGCUUUAAUACAAGUAAAAAUUUCAUAAUUAUAAAACCAGUGAUCACAUAUUAUGUGUAGGGUGAUUUUCUAGGUCUUUCUCCCAGUCUCUUCUUUCAAAAUUUCCAUGAAAAGCCUGAGGUGAGGAAAAUAGGAGAGCUCUUCUGCCUAGAAAAGCCCAUGACUUCUCAUUUAGGAUGUGUCUGUACUCCCCACACUGUUGCAUUUUCUUAGAUAAAAUAUUUACCUAAUUGUUAAGAAUUUAAGUUCAAAGCCUGUUUAUGUUUUUCAGGGUUUACAAUAAAUUAUUUGUAAGGAAUUUCAUGAUCUGUACUCAACACUUUUGUGAGGGGGAGGUUUAGAUGAACUGUUUUCCAUGUAGUCAUUCUUUACACUCCUAGUGAUUGGAGAUCUGUCAGAGACACUACAUAAAAUGUGAAAACAUUUGGAGAAUAUCACCUAGAGGUAAACAUUAAAACACGCCAGUAGAUUUCCCUGAAGCUUUCUAAGAAAAUAGUGUAGUAGAGACCCUACUCUGCUUUUUCUUCCAUCCUAUUAUCACAUCUAAUUGUGUUGUUCAAACUGUCUGUGAAAUUUAUACAAAGUUGAUAUCAUGUUAGAAAAAACAGCAAUAAUACCUUUUAGUGUGUAUGAAAGAUUUUUUAAAAAACCCAUACAAUCAAUAAAUAUAAAAGAAAUGUUACAUUUAGGAGAAAUUAAAUAGCUAUUGAAAUGUAAUAAGUAUACAUAUAAUUUAGGUUGUAUGUGCAAAUAACUUCUAUAUGUUUUGUAUUUAUUGUAUCACUUACUGUCAAUACUUUUCAUAUUCUUAUAAGUAAUGUUGGCUCAUUAGCUCAGUUACUAUUAGGGACAUGAGACCAGUAUCCAAGGCACAAAUUUUAUCUGAUGAUCCAGAUAUUUCUAAGACUGUGACCUAAAAGUAGACUCAAAAGGAAUAUGUAUAUUUAUUUCUAUGUCCGUAAUAUC